AUGUACGUUUACAGAGGCAAAUUCAACUGGCUUAAAUACGCCGUCGACGAAGCCAUCACCUUCGUCUUCCCUCACGGCUUCGGGCCACGCGAACCCCAAUGGACUGUCGACGCCAAAGGAGUCGAAAAAGGCAAUGUCACCUACAUCGGCACCGUCUCCAGCAUCGCGACCUCGGGCGAGAUCACCCUCUUCCAGAGGCCUGACCAUUACUACAUCUUCACCGGUACUCUCAGUACAGACUUUAGCUCCCUCACGCUGACGAUGAGCAACCCCUCUGGGGCGACGUCGGUGCCGUUCACGCUGAGCCUAAGCCACACCGACCCCGUUCCGCUCGUGUACGUCGGGAAACUUGACUGGUUCAACUACGCAGUGAACGAGAUGAUCACCAUCGUCGUUCCCUCCCCUGGGUCCUACAAUACCGGGGACACAGUGUGUGUCUAUUGGCAGUGGACCGUGGACGCUACGGGCGCGAAGAAGAAGAACCGGGACUUCGUCGGCCCGAUGGAGGUGCUGUCUACUGCUGGAGAUGGGUCCGAGACGUUGCGCAUUCCUGUAGAGUAUUAUACGUUUGAUGGGGUUGUGAGUGCUGGUAAGGAGACGUUGACGAUGACAAUGAGCAACCCGAAUGGGGAGAAGUCCAAACCUGUCACGUUUAGCCUCGUCAAUGCAGCCAGCAAGAAGUGACCAAUUAAAUGUCGUCAUGCCGUACGUGAGGUUGAAAUGGGACGUGUGGGGAUAUUCGUAGCUCUGUUUUUCUGUCUAUG